AUGCACGGCGAGAAAAAUGAAGAGAUACCAUUUUGUAAGUUGUUUUUGUUAAAUUUAUUUUUAAAAAAAUUCAAUGUUUUUCUCAUCUUUGAACAUAAUAUUUUAAAUAAUUCAAAAGUUUGCACUUCCCUUCAUUUUCGAGAGUUUUCCCAAGUUCAGAUGUUUACGUUUUUUCUAUUUUUUAUAGUUGUCGAACAUGUUUUUUUUUUCAACUAAUUCCAUUUCAGAAAUUGCUUUCGUUCUAUUUCAAUUUUUUUUGGUUUGUUUAUGUGUUUCAAAAAAAAAUAAAUUGAGAAACAAAAAAAAUAGCAACAACGCGAAAAAUAGUAGUAGUAGAAAAAAUCUUUUGUAAGUGGAAGAAAAAAACGGAAAUGUGAAUUCUUUGGGAGAGGCAUCAACAAAAGAGACUUCAUUAACCUUUUUCCCAACUUCCAAAAAAACUUUUUUUCACUCAAGAGUUCUAACUUGAUUAUAUAUAGCUUCUGCUACUAACUGUUCCUAGUUUUUUACUCUAAUUUUUCUUGGUCAAUGUGAAAAAAUAUUGCUGAAAACAACACGUUUUCUUUCAAAAUAGUAAAAAUUGUUUUUUUUUCAGUGAACACCAACAAGAUGGGAAUAACCAAAGGCCCAAAAACUGUGAGUUAAGAUUAAAAAAAAUCCAAAUUCAUUGUCAGAAACUUUUCCAGAUAUCUGAUGCGAUCAAUCGCUUCUUGAACAAUACCACAGCGCAUGGUUUGCCAAGAAUUUCGAAUGCUAGAAAUCAUGAAGGAAAAGUGUUUUGGGUUAUUGUUUGGGUUGUGUUUUUCAGCGUUUUUGGAAUACAGGUGAGACACGUUUUUUUUAUUUUUUGGGUAGUUUGUGAGAAAUCUUGACUUGAAAAUAAUACAGAAAUGUUUUAUUCGAAAAUAUUGAGAAAACUUUUACAUUUUUGGUUUAAAAAAACAAUGUUUUAACUUCAGAAACUAAUAAAUUUUUUCCUGAAAAAGUAUCUAUCAGCUCUAAAAUUGUUCAAAUUCAAAAGUUUCGUGGAAAAUGGAAAUUAGUUUGUAGAAUUUUUUAGAAAAGUACAUUAUUUAACUUCAGACUGGUACAUUUUUAACUUAUAAAAAUGGUAUCUUCUGAUAAUUUUUAGUCAGAUGACAAAGAAUUGUUUGACCCCUCCCUUUCUUGAAAAUCUCAAAUUCAUUUUUCAAAAAAACAAUUUCAAUGCACUAUUCUCCUAGAUCCAAGAAAUGAGAGAUGUUUGUUUCUGGUAGAAAAAACUGAAUUAUCUGACUUCAAAGAAAAAUAUGUACUUAAGGUCAGGCAACAGAAAUCGAACCGCUGACAUUAUAAGAAAAACAACCGUUGUUGUUUUGAACUCUACAGUAACCCAAGACAUAAGAAAUAUUUUCAGGCAAUCCUUCUCUACACCAAGUUUCAACAAAAACAUCCAUCAACAAAUGUUAAGGUUAGUGCACAAUUUCAGAAUCUUCCAUUUUCCCGAAAUAUCCGUUCCAUUUUCAAUUUGUUUUUUGUUCAUGAGCCUGAAAAACCGAGAAAGAAAACAAGAAAAAGGUCGGUGGGAUAAUUGAAGCAGACCUAUUCACAAAAGUAUGUCGUUACUGCAAAAAAAGCACGAAAAAAAAGAUGAUGAGUUGUUUAAGGGUAUUCUAUUUUUUCUUUCUUUGAAGAAAGAAAAUUGGAAACAUUUCCAAUUUCACGGCUUUGUUUCUUUUUGAGUUUAGAAGAGUAAUUUGAUUACUAUGGACUACUUUUUUUUCUAUUUUUAAAUGACCCUUUGACAUUUUUAUCGCGCUUACUUUUUCUUCGUAUUCAAAAAAAGCAUAUCUAUAUUUUCGAUCAUUUAUUUUUUUUUCCAAAAAUACAUAUGCACAUAAUAAUAGUUGAGUAAUACGGGACAAUGAAACAUUGAAAAAUGUUUGUCAUAAAUCUAUUCUUUUUUUCUAACAACUCAAUUGGAGGUGCGAGGUCUUUGAUGUUUCAAGCAUCCCAGAAAAAACUUUUUGUUCGUUUUGGUUCUAAAAUAAUCUGUCUAUAUUUUUUGCAGUGAAAACCAUUUUAAAGGAUUAGACAAAAGGCGUUUGUUUCACCUGACUUAUUUUUGUUGUUGUUUGGAUGAUGUUUGUUUUAGAAAAAGGACCAUGUUAAUCCAUGUCUAAAACAAACGAAAACAUUGUUUUCAACAAAAAACGAAACAAGAUAAAUAAUCUGGUUUAUAUUGUUUUUCUAAAAAACUUCUCAGAUCUGUUUCAGUAUUUUGUCGGGAAUCUUUGAAAUUUUCUAUUUUUCCGCAUUUUCGUUUCCAAAACCAGAAAAAAUUCAGAAUUGUCGGGUUUCACUGUUUCUGAUUUUUGGGUUCUAUCUCUCAGAAAUAGUGAUAUUUCUGUAGAAGCUUUCGAUCAUCCGAACAAUUUUUGAUGACUCAUGAACUCAUUCAGCCAUAAACGAACACUUUUCUGAAUGUGAGUCACAAAUAAAUAAAAAUAUAGGCUUAAUAAAAUCUUAGCCCUCUAUGUAUUCCCGAAAAAAUGUUGUUUUUUAUUUGACCAUGCGUUGUUCCGGUGUCAAAAAUAUCUUUUCUCGACUUUUUUUUCGUGAGGAACUAUAUAAAAUGCAAGACAAUAAAAAAGAUGACGCUUGUCUUUUUUUGAACUUUGAUAUAUAUUUUUUCAAAUUUCUUCUCGAAACUUCCCGUCUUAACAUUCUCAUCGGUCAAAAGCCGCCCACUUUUUCUCAUCUUUUCUCUCUCAACUUUUUUUUUUUCAAAAAUUAACGUGUUUUUUGUGGUCGCUUAACUUAACAGCUGAUAUCACUUCUUUUUGUAUGUGGAAACAAUUAUCCGAAUUUUUUCUACAGGCUUUUUUUGAGUUGAAAGAUGUUACACUAUAGACUUCUGACACUCUUCAUAAUAUUAGCUGUUUGCACACAUGAUGUUUUCUGAUGUUUUUUUGGUAUUUUAGAUUUAUGGGAUUCUGCUAAAGUGGUGAAUUUCUAUACAAUUCUUGCUAAUUUUUGUUGAUAGAUUUGAAAAAAAAAACUUCUCUAUAUCAGCUGAAUAAGCUUAUUAUGCAAUUUCUAGUAAGAAUAACAAUCUAAAAUUUUGUAGUCUUUUUUUGAAUUUUGAUUUUCUGUAAAAUAAAAUAUGAACAUAUGAUUUUUCAAAUGAGGAUACGUGUCAUUUUCAAAAUAUUAUUCAGGUGAAAUAUGACUCUCUUAAAACAUAUCUAAUGAUUCAGAUAGGAUGA